UUCCUCCUACACACACACACACACACACACACUCUUUAAACAAAGAUAAAACACACACACUCACUUCAUCUUCCUUCCUUAACUAGGGUUUUUCUGCUUUUUCCAACCAAGUUACUAAAGCUGCAGACGAACUUUUUUUUGCUUCAUACAACCUUGUUUUCUCAGGAAUUGUGGGUCAACUGCUUUAUUCAAGUGGGCCUUUUUAGAGGAUUGCUUUUACUUAAGGGUAAUUUAGACAAUGCAAACUCCAAAGACAAGGGCUGCUACCUUGGAGGUGCCACAGAGGACACCGAAAACUGCUAGGCAGCUCAAAACGGCAGGAGCAGAACCUGAUAAUUCUUCAUCUCAAAGUCCAGCAAACAGAACACCUAAAGCAAGAAGUCCGAAAAUUGCUGACCGUCGAUCACCCCGUACACCGACAUCCGAGAAAAAACGGCCCGGAAGAGUGGCGGAUCUGGAAACUCAGCUUGCAAAUCUCCAAGAAGAACUUAAGAAAGCCAAGGAGCAACUAAGCCAGUCAGAAUCAUGGAAGAAGCAGGCACACGAUGAAGCCGAAGAUGCCAAAAAGCAGCUUGCAGAAAUGUCAGAAAAGCUUCAAGAUUCACAACAACAGCUUGAUGAGAUUUCUGCUUCUGAAGAAUCCCGACUUCAAGAACUCAGAAAGCUCUCACAGGACCGGGACAGGGCCUGGGAAUCUGAACUAGAUGCUGUCCAGAAACACCACUCUAUGGACUCUGCUGCUUUGGCUACCGCCGUGAAUGAGGUCCAGAAACUCAAGAUUCAGCUUGAAAAGCUGUCCGAAUCUGAAGCUAAUCAAGCAAAAUAUGCAGAAUCAGCUCAUAAUGAGAUGCUGACUUUAAGGCUAGAACUUUCUGAAACUCUUGCUAUAGUUGAAGAACUGAAAACCCAACUGAAUGAUUCAAAAGAUGCUGAAGCUAGAGCUUUAGAAAUCGUGAGUCAAACCCGAGAACAAUUGGAAACUGCAAAAUCAACUGAGGAGACAUUGAGGCUGGAAAAACAGAAAGCCGUUGAAGCUUAUGAUUCUCUAAUGAUGGAGUUUGAGAAGUCGAAAUCCCAAGUGAAUUCAUUGGAAGGAAUUGUCAACAAAUUUCAGGUGAAUGGUAGGGAUGAUGAUGAUCAUCAUGAUGAUGAUCAAGACCAGCUUAACUGUGUGAAAAUGGAGGUGGUAAAGUUACGAGGAGAACUUGAGGGAGCUGAAAAAAGAUACCAAGAUGAGUAUAUUCAAAGCACUUUACAGAUUCGAAAUGCUUAUGAGCUUGUGGAACAAACAAAAUCUGAAUCAUGCCAACAAGUUGCGAUCUUGGAGGCAAAUUUGGAAAAAUCAAAAGCUGAGUUGGAAGAUUUGAAGGCAAAGUUACAAGAGAAAGAGGACAAACUGCGAAACAUAUCCGAGGAAAAUAAGGAAUUGAAUGAAAAGCUUGAUAAAUCAGAAUCAACAACAGUGAAAGACACUGAAGAUGUUACUGAAGUAACAAUAUUGGCAGAGGAUUUGGAAGAACUGAAGAGAGUUAUGGCUGAAAAAGAAUCCGAACUGAAAAAUGUUACUGAGGAGAAUGAUAGAUUGAAAAUGGAAAAAACCCAGGUCAAUGAUGAAGCUGUUGCAUCUGCAGAAGCUGCAAGAGUUGCUGAGAGAGAAGCACUUAUGAAAGUUGGGUAUUUGACCGAAGAGGCAGAUAAAAGUAGUAGAAAAGUGGUAAGGGUAACUGAGCAGUUGGAUUUGGCUCAGGCGGCAAAUGCUGAAAUGGAGGCGGAGUUGAGAAGGCUGAAAGUGCAGUCAGACCAAUGGAGGAAGGCAGCAGAGGCAGCUGCAGCCAUGCUUUCUGGUAAUAAUAAUGGGAAGUUUAUGGAUCGGACGGGGUCUCUUGAUUCUCACACCAUUGGUGGCAAGUUGAACUCCCCGUUUUCUGAAGACAUGGAAGAGGAAUCACCCAAGAAGAAAAACGGCAACAUGUUGAAGAAGUUUGGUGUUUUUAUGAAGAAAGGCCAGAAGUAAUUCAAGACAUUUAGCAGGAAUGUUGCUUGGAGAUCAAUGAAUGAAAGGUAAGAGAGGCUUUUGUUAGGGGUUUUAGUUUUAUCUGUUGAGGGGAUGGAGUUGCAGGCAUCCUCUGUAUAGUGAAAGUUGGAUUGUAACGAAGUUUGACUUCUAAAUUUGACCUUUCUGAUGUGUCGGUGUUGCAUUUUGAUGGAGAAUGCAAGGAUUUGUAAUAAUAUUUUUCUCAUUUUCUAGUUAAA